AUGGCCGGCAAGCGGAAGAGGGGACCUAAAGACGGUGCCAAUUCGGGCCCGAAUGCCCCCAAAAAGGCCAAGAGCGACGCCAAAACCAACGGACGAACCGCCCCCGCGAAGCCGAUCCUUGAAAAGAAGCCGUUCAUCGAGACCCCGACUGGAGAGGAUCGCAGGCGAGAGGCUGGCCUAUACGAGCUUCUCGGGAGCGAAGAUGAUGGCGAACGCAUAGAGGCGGCCGAUUGCAUCGUGUCGAGCCUCCUGGGUGGGGAUGGCGUGCCGGAAGCCGUUCUGCUGCGACAUCUCGAUCGACGACUGUUCCGCGGCCUCGCAAGCGGGCGCAACGCUUCGCGGAUCGGUUUCAGCCUCGUCAUUGCGGAGAUCCUGGGGCAGCUGUUUGCCGAGGAUUCGAAGCUGGCAUCCAAGUACCCGGACCUCACCUUUGAAAAGGUCCUGGCCCUGCUGGUGGACAAGACGCAGGCUAUCGGCAACAUCCCCGGUCAGGAGGAGCGCGACCACUAUUUUGGCCAGCUCUUUGGCCUAGAGUGCUUCGUGCGCUCGCGGACUCUCUUCUCAGACGUUUCGAGGUGGCACUCUGUCCUGGACCUGCUGUUGAAACUGAGCAACAAGAAGAUAUGGCUUCGGUCGCAGUGCGGCUGGGUCCUGGUGCAGGCCCUCGAGCAGACGAGCCGGAAGGAGGCCGAGGCCACGCUGAUCAAAGUCGCGGACGCUGGCCUAGCCAAGACUCCAGAGGGCGUCGCCGCGUGGCUUGUUGCGCUGAAUCGCUAUCCCGACAUCAAACUGAAGCCGUGGCAGAACCCCCUCUCCACCAAGUCCCUGGGCGACCUGGCUGCCGUCCUCAAGGAGAGCUUCAAGGACUCGAAUAAGGAACCCAACGACAAGUCUCAAAACAACGGCAAGCAGGCGAGCUGGACAGCACAGCUGCACUUUGUCUGGGACAUAAUCAUCGGGUGCUACGUGAAGGGAGGCGCAGUUGCAGACACGGACGGACUCUCUCAGUUCUACAACCGCGUCAUCGAUGAUGGCUUGUUUUCCAAAAGCGCGACCGACGGCCAAAAGUUCAAGGGCUUCAUGGUAUUCCAGAAGCUGCUCGAGGCACUGGUUGGCCAGCAUGACAAGCUGCAAUGCCUGUUCACCAAGAACUUCAUGACAUGCCUCAUUAACCAGGCUGCCAAGGAGGACCGAUACUUGCAUAGAGCAGCCAUCAAAGCGCUUCGAGCCAUUGAGAACGUGGUUUCUCAGCAUCCCGACACGCUCGCCAUCAUUCUCGGGAGCUUGCUGGGAAAGAACGGCGCCUACAACUUCGACCAGCGCACAAGCACCAAGACCGUCGACAAGCUCUUGCAAAACAUAAACCCCGACAACGCGGAGGACUCGCUGGUGGUCAUUCGCCUGCCUUUGGCGACGCUGAAGAAGAAGGAGGGCGACGAGGCCACUGCUAUCCUUCGGGUCUACGCCGACUACCUAGCCAAGGUUCUCAACGCAUUUGCAUCAAGUUCUGCGGAGGCGUCGUCGGACUCCAAGCACGAUUCUUCGUUCGGGCCGGUGCUCCAAGAGCUCUCUGCCUUGGCGUACUCGACUCCCGAGAGCGUUCCAGAGGAUGCUCUGACAGAUCAGAUUCGGGAGCUCUGUCGAUCCCGAAUCGAGUCAUCGUUGGCCCGCUUGACUCGCAACGCCGACGAUUUCAGCGUUUUCUGUAAUGCAAUUGCGUCCAUCGAUCCGGCGUCGAGGAACAUGGCCGGCGACAUCAAGGAGGCUAUGGACGACGCAUUGGCGAGGAUGAAGAAGCUUUUGAAGCGAAAGUCAAAGAGCAAGGACGACCAGAGCUUGGCGCAGGGUCUGGCCAUGCUGCACGCCAUCUCCAUCUUCCAACUGUACAAUGAGGACCCCGAUGCGAUGGAGGUGCUGAACGACCUGGCGCAGUUCUAUGAGAGACUCAAGUCAGGAAGUGUCGGUGACAAGAGUGAAGGCAGUUCCGAGCUUCUUGUUGAGAUACUGCUAUCAAUGGUUGCGCGCCCAUCGUCCCUGAUGAGGCAGGUAUCCCAACAGGUGUUUGAUGCUUUUACCAGCCAGAUCUCAGCCGAGGGUCUUGAGCUGCUGACUGACCCCCUCGCGUCAGGGGAGAGCACCAAGGGUCAAAAGGAGCUCUUCAACACAGAAGAUGAUGCCAUGGACGUGGACGCGGACGAGGACGAGGAUGGAUCUUCUGACGACGCCAACAGCGUGGAGGAGGUCUCUGAUGUUGAGAUCGACUCUGAUGUGGAAUUCGUUGGCCUUGCUGGCGACGAUGAUGAUGAGAGCGGAGGCGAUGACGAUGAGGACGACGAUGAUGAUGAGGAAGACGGGGAUGAGGACAGCGAGGGUGGAGACGCAAGGAAGCAAGAGCCGAUAGACCUCGAUGAACUCGUCGGCUCCAUCCUCAAGAGCCAUCGCCUCGACAAGGACGCAGACGCCGUCGAGUCAGCCUCGGACGGCGACAUGUCCGACUCGGAGAUGCUCGCCCUCGACGAGAAGCUCGCCGAGGUCUUCAAGCAGCGCGUCAAGGCCCAUCCGGACAACAGCAAGAAGCAGAAGAAGGACGCCAAGCAGUCCGUCGUCAACUUCAAGCACCGCAUCCUCGACCUGCUCGACAUUUACGUCCGCAACGAGGCCCUCAACCCGCUCGCCUUCUCCCUUCUCGUCCCGCUCCUCGGCCUCAUGCGCACCACCUCGACCAAGCCGCUCGCCAGCCGCGCCUGCGAGAUCAUCCUCAGCUUUCAGCGCGGGCUGCGCAAGGCUAGGGCGGGCCGUGACGGCGCCGGCGCUGGCGAGGAAAAGGCCCGUGCCCAGGCACAGCCUGCCGCCGACGACCUCCUCCCGCUGCUGGUCGAGGUGCACGAUGAGGCGGGCAAGGAUAACUCGCAUGCGUACGCCAAGGCGGCCAGCGCGGCCAGCCUUAUCGUUGCGUCGGCCAUGUUUGCCGCCGACAAGGACGCCAUCAGGCAGAUCGCGGCCGUGUACGCCAAGACCCAGUCCGGCUGGGUGCUCGGUGAGGUCCGUCUCCAGACGUCCUUCUUUGCCGACUGGAACAACUGGUGCCAGAAUCAGGCGUCGCAGGCACGUCAUUGA